AUGAACGACGUGAAAUUCUUUGACGCCUGGGACUACAAGCGCGGCGAGUACACGAGCAAAGUGGCCUACCACUGGUCCGGAGGCACUCUACCAUGGGGAAAGGCGGACCAGGCAUGGGAUCCAGUUGUCCUGUACAGAAAGCUGCUCUCUGAAUCAGAAGACGGAAGCGUGACGAUUGCUUCCAUCGGCUUCCUCGAUAAUCUGUCUGGACUUCUCGACUCCAGGCCCGAUGAGUACUCUCAGCUUGACGGUCGCGAGCUUGCCAGGACUAAGGUAGCAGAGCUCGUCGUCAUGGGUGGCAAGUAUCCGAAAGGUCGUAGCUGGAACUUCUGGGGCUCCAAACCUGCCCUUGCCGCUCAUGUGUUAGAUACAUGGAAUGGCCCAAUAACGUUUGUAGGCACCACUGUCGGCAGAGAGGUAUUAAUAGGCGGACCGCUCAUGGCGAGUGAUCUGGAGGACGACCCAGUCCGAAUGGCUUACAUCUACUAUGGUUUCGGGAAGCCGCUACCUAGUUGGGAUCCACUCACUGUUCUGUAUGCUGCGAAUGGUCUUGGGAACAUGUUCGAUGUUGCAGAGGACCGUGGCUACAACAAGAUCAACCCUGAAGAUGGUAUGAACGAAUGGAUAAAUGACGGAGUCUCGCAUGGACGGCGAACUCUGAAACUGAAGGUCAGCAAUGAAACUGCUGCGGCUGAGCUGGACCGUCUGUUUUUGGAUGCUGCGCGAAGAUACUCUAAGCACGCAGGCGCUGCCUAG